AAUUCGUAAGCAUGCAUUCAACAAGUAAUAGCGCAGUAGUGUAUGUGAAACAUUCGGAUGAUAAAUUAUUAAAUAACUCACCUAUUUUACGCGAAAGUCUUAUAACUGUUGUAUUAGGCAUACGGUUUGUUUUAAAAUAUACAUUUUAUUACAACCAUCAACCAUCCAAAUAUCGCACCACACCCGACCACUGCACAGCAUGUUUUAUUGUUGAUGGUGGUGGUAUGUCAGAGAUCGUCGGCCAAUAAUGGCUUAUUAGUUAUUACACUUAUGAAUUGCGAUUAGGAUUUUAUGUUUUAAUAACUUCAUGGUAAUCUGCAUGCAAUUAAAUAAAAAAUUUAACCGGACAUUCGUUUCUAUCAUUAUUUUUCUUUGUUGAAAACGGAAUAAUUUGUGGUUGCUGACUUGUUCAAAAUUUAAUAACCAGAUCACAGAGACCUAAAACUAUGUCACAAAUUACAAAAGUAUUCGUUUAUGGCACUCUUAAAAAAGGAGAGCCAAAUCAUGGUUGGUUUUCAAAAGACGAAAGUGGAUAUCACAAAUUCUUAUGCACAGCGGAAACUACUGAAAAGUACCCUCUAAUUAUUGCUACAAAAUACAACAUUCCAUUUAUUUUACACGCUCCAGGAAACGGAUUUUUUAUUAAAGGCGAAGUGUACGAAGUUGACGAAAAGGUUUUAAAAAAUUUGGAUAUUUUGGAGGAACACCCCGAUUAUUAUGAAAGGGAAAAACGAAAUGUUCGAAGUUUGAACGGGGAUGACGAAAUAAUGAAUGUGUGGAUUUAUUUCAUAAAAAGAUUUAAACCAGAAUUACUAAAUAAUCCAAUGUAUGAUAAUUAUUCAAGUAACGGCAGUCACGGCUUGGAAUAUUGAACAAUCGACUUUAGAAGAUUUGAAUUAAAUAACAGAUACUUGUAAGUCUAAUUUUACCUUUUUUCUAAACCCUGGCUAACAGAAACAAAUGAAAUGUAAGUCAGUGGCGACUCGUAGGUAUGCUGUUUAAAAUUUAGAUGAGCGGUUUUUGGCAAUAAUGACCUAACUUUUUUUAUUUUGUUCAAAGUUUAUUGCUUUUUGAUAAUUUUAAAUACUAACAAUGUACAAUGCCCUUUCCAAAAGGUCACUGUUGGCCCCUGAUUUUUGCUUUGAUUAUUUAAGUGGAAAGUAAAGAAAAUGCAACUCUUUCUUCAUGAUAAAAUUACUUUAUUAAAGAAAACAUCAUGUCACAAAAGAUGUAUUUCAAUAUUAUAUUUAAU